GUUUCCAGCCAAGAUUCAUAUUUCCACUCAUAGCAUGGAACGCACAGCGGAAGCCAACCCAUCACACAGCUGUAAACGUAAAGAAAGAAAAACACAUCAUGGAAAACUGUUUCUGUUUUCUUACAAUUUGUAUCCUUAUUUGUUUGUGCUGUGGAUUGGGUCUUCUUGGAAAUAACAUCUUUUUCUGUUUGGUUGGGGAGGCAGUGGAAUGCCAAUCCAGAUCAGGGGAAGGGCUUGUUAAUAGAACCUCUUCCAGCUAACCUCAGAGACCAAUUUCUCUGUUCUUCUUAUAAAGAAUAUCUAAGAUUAAACAUGAAAUGCUUUGGCUUAAUUAUUGGGGUGGUUUUUACAAACAAUAAGCGCUAGCUGUGGGUGCUACCCCGGACGGCACUUUAGUUCAGAGAAGGUACAAAGUACUUAAAGGUUAUAUAAGUAAAUAUAGUUCCUUGGGUACAGAAAGCAAUCUUUGUUUUUCCCUUGAGGACACAUUUUGAAACCAGUGGCAUAAAAUAACUAAUAAACAACAAAAGUUUUAAGGCUAUUUGGGCCAUUAUUGUUCAAAUAUCUUUAGGCCUGACAAAAAUCAAAAUUAUAACUCAGAGUAAAAAGUAUCAACUCCCCUCUGAAUCCUCCUCUCAUUACCUCGUCACGACCAGGUUCGGUUCGGUCUCGACUCGACGACAGAGAUGGUAAUGGGCUGCGGAGACCAAUUACUUUUUUUUUUUUUAUGCGGGGUUAAAAUUAGAAACUUCGCUGUGACGCUCGAGCUCCAUUGAACAGACCGACGCUCGCGGGAUGCGGAAAAGCUUGUGCGCGCGCACUAAUAAAGCCUCUGACACGUGCACGGCGGAGGGAGAGAGAAAGAAAGAAGGACUCCACGGGGCGCAGGGACACAUCUGCGUGGGGAGACCUUGGGACUUUCUGUGGAUAAACAGAAUAUAUUGAAAGGAAAGACGCAGGACGAAGCCGCAGCCGCGCCUGGAACAGCUUUGGAUUUAAGUGAAUUUUGUUUUGUCUCUCUGCAGUUUUCCAACACCUGGGGACUAAUGUGAGUAUGAUGACAUUAAUAUUGUUUCUAUUAUUUUAGGUGUUCGUUUACUUUCUCUAUUAAUGCUUAGAAUAGCUUGGUCAGAUCUGUUGAUAAAAUAAAAUCAGCAACGUAGAUAUUAUUUGAUCGUAACACAGUUCGCAACCAUUAGAAAUGAAGUGGCUGGUGCACAUUACAGUGUUUUUAUAGAUGCUGUUAUGAAUGUGAACAUUUCUGCCCAGGUUUGACCUGUUUAUGUACUGAGGUUUACCUGCUUUUCUAAAAAUCUGUUGCCAUUAAAGCCUGGAAAAUGCUCUUUUUGUGGUUUAAAAACAGAAUACUAAAUCUCACCUGUCACAAUCUCUGCAGUUUGAAAUGACCCGGUUCAGGUUUGAACAGUGUCCAUUUCAGAUUUUCAAUUAAAGGUGAUACACAGAUGAUAAACUGUAGCUUUUGGUUUAAAAAAAAAAGAGGACAACUACAAAUAUUGUUAAUUUUGAAACUACUGGAUAAUUAUAGUCAGUGGAAGAAGAUGUAGUUCAUCUUCCUUUAAUGAAAAUCAGUGAAAUAGCUUUAUUUAGUGCUGAAUUAGUGUUCUGAAUCACAAACCAAAUACCCUCCCUCAGCCAUAUUUUUACCGUUUACUCUUUGAACAACACCAUAUUCAGUACUUAUGGAUUGUAGAAACAGAAAACAGGUUGAAAUGCUUCAAGACCGACAAAUGGCAGACACCUUUUAAAAUGUCCUUCCUGAGUGCUGGUGUUGCCCCUGACAGGUUGACGCCCUGCCCAUGAGCCACAUACCUGCACAGAAACCUUUAAACAUUCAGCUUACUGCAAAACUGAGCCAUUUCUAAAGUUGUAUUGUUAUUUUACUUCCAAUUCUAUGAAAAAAAGAGAAAAGAAAAGCAGUAACAGAUGUUGCUGUCGUGGUUCUUUAAAAUCUUGAUUUAAAAAAAGAAAAGAAAGAAGUUUACUUUUACUUGGAAUUUUUUUUAAAGUAAUUUACCAAAAAUCUGCUGAAUUGUACAUGAGCUGAAAUAUCAAAUCAGCUGAUUGAAUAUUUCAAUUCAGGCAUUAUUUUUAGCCCCAAUGCUUCCAUUUUGGUAUUUUUAUAAUCCCAUAGCUCUUGUGAUAUUCAGACUAGAUGCUUGUGUAAAAACUUGGUUGACUUAGCUUUGUCAUAAAACGUUUGUAAAUCAUAAUUUGCAAACAUAUACCUUUUUUGUGCUGUUGAUUGAAUAAUGAGGUGGUUUAUGGACCAGGCCUAAGUAGCAGAAAUUUUAAAAAAGAACACGUCAAAAAUAAACACCCAAUAACUUCAUCACUAAAUACUCUUCAAAGCUCAGAGUGAGUCCUUUAACUUUCUUAAUUUCAUAAUUGUAAAAAAACAAACAAACAAAAAAAAACAUGCAUAUAACACUUUCUGGCUUAAGGUUGGAAGCUGUAGUUAUAGGAGCUACAUUUAUAAGUGUGGCCAUGGCUGACUUCCUUCCUUUAUGAAAUUAAAAGUCACUCAAAAAUCUUAUCAGGUUUCUUCUGAGCAGUGACAUUCUGCUAAACAUGUUGAGCUCAUUUUCCCUCCUAAAAGUGCUGUACAGCCCACUUGUCUUGAUUGGUUUCCAGGUGUUGCUGCAGGAAGUGCUGAAAAUUCAAUACCCCCCCAUGCACCUAAUGUGAUUUGUUAGAGCAGAGUGUCUUUCCACCUCGGUGAGCAUCUGAUGACUGCUCCCUCCCUGGCAGCCUCUGUGUUACGCACGCAGCUAAUUUCUAACUUCUCCUCUUGAAAUGCAAAUCCAUGCAGAUAAAUCUUUGGCUUAAACUUCAUGAAUAUGACUGCGUCCUGUUUGCGCUCUUUCCCUUUGGCAAGUGUCCGCGCCGCCGACCAAAAUGCUGACUCCAUGCUGAGGGGUCGGAAAAUGAACGCCUCGUCCUGCUGCACUGCCCCCAUUGCCAUGUAUCAGCAGAGCUCAGGAUCUGACCUCAACGCAGGCUGCGACCUCUCGGCUCCUCGCUGCAACUGGACGGCCGUAGACGGGACCCCGCAGCUGCCCACGUUUUCCACGGCGGCGAAAGUCAGAGUGAUCGUCACCUUCAUCCUGUGUGGCGUGUCCACCCUCUGCAAUGUGGCAGUGCUCUGGGCGGCCAGCGGCCAGCGACGCAGAUCUCACGUGCGUGUGCUGAUCGUGAACUUGACCGCGGCUGACCUCUUGGUCACCCUCAUCGUGAUGCCUGUGGAUGCCACGUGGAACAUCACCGUUCAGUGGCUGGCCGGAGACCUGGCCUGCAGGUUCUUGAUGUUCCUCAAGCUGCAGGCCAUGUACUCCUGCGCUUUUGUCACCGUGGUGAUAAGUCUGGACAGGCAGUCGGCGAUCCUCAACCCCCUGCUGAUCAGCAUGGCUCCAAAGAGGAACAGGGUCAUGCUGACGGUGGCGUGGAUAAUGAGCGCCUUGCUCGCCGUUCCUCAGGUCUUCAUUUUCCACAACGUGACUAUUACCUAUCCAGCAAACUUUACUCAGUGCACCACUAGGGGGAACUUCGUCACUCACUGGCAGGAAACGGCCUACAACAUGUUCACCUUCUCCUGGCUCUUCCUGCUGCCUCUGGCCAUCAUGAUCACCUGCUACACCCGGAUCUUUAUCCACAUCUCCAAGCAGAUGACAAAAAAGAAUGUGUCCUCUGACGAACCGCAUCUACGCUGCUCAAAGAACAACAUCCCAAAAGCUCGGAUGAGAACUUUGAAGAUGAGCGUCGUCAUCGUGGUCUCCUUCAUCGUCUGCUGGACUCCGUACUACCUGCUGGGGCUCUGGUACUGGUUCUUCCCUGAUGACCUGGAGGUGAAAGUCUCGCACUCCCUCACCCACAUCCUGUUUAUCUUCGGGCUUUUCAACACCUGCCUCGACCCGAUCAUCUACGGCCUCUUCACCGUGCGCUUCAACAGGAGGCUGAGGAGUUGCUGCAGCACGGCCACCGUGGCCUCCGGGCUGGACGCCAAGCCGGCAACGGCGGACUCUGUGAAAUGCACAUUGGCUGGAGAAUCUGCAGAGGGUGGAAGGGAUGGCAGCUGUAAAUCAAAUGAGCAAAAAUCCACCGACAGCAGGCUCUGAAUGAAUGCAGCCACUGACGAUGGGGGUGCACAGAAAGCAAUAUGUGAAGAGAAACAAAAGCAAGAAAAGUAACUUUUAUUUGCCAUUGUUACUGGACUCACACUAACACCCAUAUGCAUGUGUGAAAUGAUCUUUAUCAUCACUCAUUAGAAUCCAGAUUUGAAGGUGUUUAAUGAGUUUAUAGUUCUCACUGUACAUCUUACAUACAGGCUGUGUCUGCAAAUGGCUUCAGCGUUUGGUCAUUAAAGAACUGCUUGGGGUAAUUAAAGGGGCAGUAUCAUGUGUUCUCCAAACACAUGGUAUCGUUUAAUAGCACAAUCAAGUAACUAUGUUACCUUCAGUUGUUAUAAAACUGCUACAUAUA